CCCCAGCUGCCGCCCGCCGGCUCGCCCGUGCAGCGGCGAUGCCCCGAGCCUCGACCCCGGCCCGGGUCCCCGGCCCGCCGCGUAAUUAGCCUCCGCGCGCCUGGAGCGCGCCGCCGCCAACGCCGCGCCCGACGCAGCGAUGGGCAACACGGUGCACAGGACCCCGCCAGACUCGAGCCCGCCGGCGCGCCUGCUGGCCACCCGGCCGUGCUGCGGCCCCGGCCCGGAGCGGCGCCCGGUCCUGGGCGAGGCGCCGCGCUUCCACACGCAGGCCAAGGGCAAGAACGUGCGGCUGGACGGCCACUCGCGCCGGGCCACGCGGCGCAACAGCUUCUGCAACGGCGUCACGUUCACCCAGCGGCCCAUCCGGCUGUACGAGCAGGUGCGGCUGCGCCUGGUGGCCGUGCGCCCGGGCUGGAGCGGCGCGCUGCGCUUCGGCUUCACGGCGCACGACCCGUCGCUCAUGAGCGCCCAGGACAUCCCCAAGUACGCCUGCCCCGACCUGGUCACGCGGCCCGGCUACUGGGCCAAGGCGCUGCCCGAGAACCUGGCGCUGCGCGACACCGUGCUGGCCUACUGGGCGGACCGCCACGGCCGCGUCUUCUACAGCGUCAACGACGGCGAGCCGGUGCUCUUCCACUGCGGCGUGGCCGUGGGCGGCCCGCUCUGGGCGCUCAUCGACGUCUACGGCAUCACCGACGAGGUGCAGCUCCUCGAGAGCACCUUUGCCGACACGCUGCCGCCCACGCGCCUCAGCCAGGCCCGCUUCAGCGCCUGCCUGCCGCCCAGCAGCCACGACGCGGCCAACUUCGACAACAACGAGCUCGAGAACAACCAGGUGGUGGCCAAGCUGGGCCACCUGGCGCUGGGCCGCGCUCCAGGCCCGCCGCCCGCCGACGCCGCGGCCGCCGCCAUCCCGUGCGGGCCCCGCGACCGCCCGCGGCCCGCGUCGUCGCCGGUGCUGCUCGAGGCCGACCUGCGCUUCCACGCGACGCGCGGGCCCGACGUGAGCCUGUCCGCCGACCGCAAGGUGGCCUGCGCGCCGCGGCCCGACGGCGGCCGCACGCUCGUCUUCUCCGAGCGCCCGCUGCGGCCCGGCGAGAGCCUCUUCGUGGAGGUGGGCCGUCCGGGGCUGGCGGCGCCCGGCGCGCUGGCCUUCGGCAUCACGUCGUGCGACCCGGGCGGGCUGCGGCCGACCGAGCUGCCCGCCGACCCCGACGCGCUGCUCGACCGCAAGGAGUACUGGGUGGUGGCGCGCGCGGGGCCCGUGCGGAGCGGCGGCGACGCGCUCAGCUUCACGCUGCGGCCCGGCGGCGACGUGCUCCUGGCCGUCAACGGGCGCCCGCGCGGCCGCCUGCUGUGCGUCGACACCACGCAGGCGCUCUGGGCCUUCUUCGCCGUGCGCUGCGGCGCCGCGGGCCAGCUGCGCCUCCUCGGUACCCUGCAGUCCAGUCCCGCGACAACAACUCCAUCAGGGUCCCUCAGUGGCUCUCAAGACGACAGUGAUUCAGAUAUGACCUUCAGUGUCAACCAGUCCUCCUCGGCGUCUGAGUCAUCCCUGGUGACGGCGCCCAGCUCCCCGCUGAGCCCCCCGGUAUCCCCCGUGUUCUCCCCACCGGAACCGGCAGGCAGCAAGAACAGCGAGUGCACGGUGUGCUUCGAUGGUGAGGUGGACACGGUCAUCUACACAUGUGGACACAUGUGCCUGUGUCACAGCUGCGGCCUGCGGCUCAAGCGGCAGGCCCGGGCCUGCUGCCCCAUCUGCCGGCGGCCCAUCAAGGACGUCAUUAAGAUCUACAGGCCAUAG